UCGCGAGACUUGGCGGGGCAGCUGCCCCGGCCAUUUUGCUGGGGCAGCAGAGUUGGGAGCCCCGGCCCCGGAGGAGGAUGCUGCGGCUGCGUUGCAAGGCUCGGAGCGGCUCCCACCCGCUGCCCGGCCUCACGGCGCAUUCCCGCCUCCGGGAGCUGCAGGCCGCCCUGGCCGCCCUCACCGGGGUGCCGGCCCCGGCCCAGCGCCUCCUGCUCGGCUUCCCCCCGCGGAGCCUUGAUCUGAGCGACGGGGAGCGGCGGCUGGGGGAGCUCGGCAUCCACUCAGGUGAUACUCUAAUUGUUGAAGAGGACACAACCAAACCCAAGAAUGAGUCACCUGUAAUUGCAAAAAGGAGUGUCCCUACUUUGGUCAGGGAAGCACUGCCUGUACUUGCAAGGAGGGUUGUUCCAGCAGAUAACUCCUGUCUCUUCACAAGCAUAUUCUAUGUGGUAGAGGGAGGCAUUUAUGAUCCAGCAUGUGCUCCGGAGAUGCGCAGUCUUAUAGCCCAGAUAGUGGCAAGUGAUCCAGAGUCCUAUUGUGAGGCAGUACUAGGGAAAACCAAUGAAGAGUAUUGUGAGUGGAUCAGAAGAGAAGAUACAUGGGGAGGAGCCAUUGAAGUAUCCAUUCUGUCUAAGUUUUAUCAGUGUGAAAUCUGUGUAGUGGAUACACAGACAGUCAGAAUUGACCGUUUUGGGGAAGAUGCUGGCUAUGCUAGGCGGGUCCUUCUGAUUUAUGAUGGGAUUCAUUAUGAUCCACUUGAACGUAAAAUCCCUGACUCAGACGUCCCUCCCCUGACCAUUUUCUCAACAAAUGAUGAUGUUGUUCUUGCACAAGCAUUGGAAUUGGCAGAUGAAGCCAGACGAAAGAGGCAGUUUACUGAUGUAAAUCGCUUUACACUAAGAUGCAUGGUGUGCCAGAAGGGGUUAACUGGACAAGUGGAAGCCAGAGAACAUGCCAAGGAGACUGGGCAUGCGAACUUUGGAGAAGUGUGACAUCUACAUGAGGAUGGUUGCAUCUACUACCUCACUGCCCCAGAAUAAGAUUCUGGGUUUUCAGAUAAGCUAUAUGUAAGCAUACAAAACUCCCUUCGAAGCUUGAAAAGCCCUCUUAACUUAAUGAAUGAGAUGCACAGGUUUGUUAUGGAUAGUGUGCAGGUUUACAGAUAGGUAUGCGGUAGUGACACACUUUUCCCAACUAGUUUGAAAUAGGUAACUUCUUGCAUGCUGAUUUUAAAGUAACUGGCAGCUGUUUGUUGUAUGUUAGCAGCUAAAAGUCCUGACUCCUGAAGAACCUUAUUUUCUGAUGGAGAAGCUGCUGUGUGACAUGGCUGGACAUGCAUACAAUACUGUACCUAGAGUUACAUAGACUUAGAGUAACAGUUGCAAUCUAAACUCUGAAUUAUUGGGUUUAGUUAUAAUCUUUCAGUACUUGUAAACUGGUCUUAGUUUGGCAUAUUCAUGUGCCUAUCAGCAUUUUGUACGAAGAGUUACAUAGUAACUCUUCUAUAUUCAAGCGAUUUUUGCAACAGAGAUGCCUAUAGUGCAUACUUCAUAUAGAAAUGGUAACACCAAAGUUGCCCUGUAUUAGGUCACAAUGAACAAAAGUAGAAUGUACAGUCUGAUAGUGGCUGUAGUGAGAGCCUUUUUAAAAUUAAUGAGUAGAUAGUUAAGUACCCAAUAAAUUUAAUAUUUUUCCAUAGAUACUACUUGAAAUGUAGUUUAGUUGCUUGAAAAUUAACUGUCAACCCCUCUGUUUACACUACAUCAGGAUGUUGGCAUGUUUCUUGAAAUACUUGGAUCCUUGGUAACAAUAUGAUCUCAAUUCCAGCAAGAAGGAAUUACAGUAAUUGAGAUUCAAAAUUACAGAUUGUAUUGGUUAAACAUUAAAAUACAGUUUUGCUUAAAUGUGGCUGUUCUUGUGGCCACUGAAAGUGUUAGUAAGUUGUACUGGGCUCCAGAUAUUGUGUUAGCACUUUUUAAUCUUUGGUUCUCACUCUUUUACAGUUCAAAGGCUUGUUCUUUUUUCAGAAGGUCAGAACAUUUAUCCAAAAGGGAAAAACUUGAAGUUUUUGUUUGCAUUCUGCCAGGUGCCCUUUAACUUGCUUGAUUUCUCCCCAGUGAUUAAGUAGCAAGACCUCUAUUCUAAUAGGGAAUGGAGCAGUUUUUCACAACAAAAUAAGCUAGGUAAAAUGCUCUACUUCUGAAAUGACAAAAGCAGGGAUGUCAAAACUGGUACAAUAAAGAAAUCUCACUUUAUGGGGGAGUGUGAGGCUUAAUGUAGAGUGCUUUGAUAUCAUCUAAAUUAAAGAUGCUGUAAAUGUGCUUAUUACUGAAAUUAUUUCUUAGAAUGCCUCAACACGUGUGUGUUAAGGCAUUUAAACUCUUUUAGCCAUGUUUUGUUACUUUUGUUCUGGGUCUGAAAUGCCUUCUGAAUGCUUGUGCAAAUGGGGAACAAAGAUACACAUCUUCAUAAUAAAGUAGCAAUGUGUCAGCUUCAGGAAUGGAAACUUCUAGUUAUUCAAAGACAAACAAUUUACUACGGCUAUCCUGACUAAAGCCCUGAUUCAGGAAAGCCCCCUUAAGCAUCUACUUAAGUAAUUUCCUGAAUUGGCGCCCUCAUGCAUAUCUAAGUAUAGGGAUAGUUCUAUGGACCCUCCUUGGAACGUGCCUGUAGUUACAUGUGCAUAGGGUGUCUUGCUGGAUUAAGGUCUAUACAAAGUAGUAUAUAAAUAGUAUAAUCACCAAGAGUAUAACGGACCAGAAUUCUUUUGCUCAGUAUUAAGUUACAUUGCACUCAUGAGUUUGUUACAGAAAUCAAGUUAGCUGCCAGUGUUAAACCGACUUAGGUUUUAGACUUGUUUUAAACUGUUUUUAAUGCUCGACUAGAAGCAGAUGCUUAAAGCUAGGAACAUGAAAGAUACUGUAUUAUAAACACUUGAGAUGGAACUUGGGUUACUGACUAGACCAAGGGACUAUCAGACUCCUACAUUAUAUUCCCAACUUUGUCAGUGAAUGGGUGACACACCCUGGACAAAUUGCUACACCUCAGUCUGUAUAUUCAUCUAUAAAAUGGCUAUAAUAUCUACCUCACAGAGGUAUUGUGAGGCUAAUGGAUUGAUGUUUGUAAAGUGCUUGGAUGAAAGGUGCUACAUAAGUGCAAAGUACUAUUAUUUUGUGCCAUGUUAGCAAACUUAUUCUUGGCUUUUGGGAACAUAACUUCUGUACAGCAAAAUCCUUUAGUUUUGUGCUCUGGAAUCUGCAAUAUAAGACUUGAUAAAUCUUUGCAUAUGUUGUAACCAAGUCCAAACUAUCUGCAGUGGAUCUCUAAAGUGGAUAGCAUGGUCACAAGUGUUUAUUUGCCCUGGUCUAAUACUAAAAAAAAGAGUCUGCUUUAUUUAAUUGAAUCUUCUAUAUUGUAUUUAAUGCAAGUGUCAUUCUCAUUGCUUGAAUGUGUUUUUAGUUACCUAGAAAAUCAGAUGAUUUGGAUCUGAAAUCACAACUGAACUGCUGUAAUACUUGUUCAGAUUUUUUUAGUGUAACAAUUAACUUUGAAAAAUUAAGACAUUGAAUUUUAACAGAGCAGAGUAAUUUACAGAAUCUAAGAGAUGGAAAGUGGUCAGUUACCUUCCUCCCAAGCAGAAAAUCUAAAUUUUCUGGGGGGAUAAAUUGUAAAAUAUAUUUGAAAAAGCAACUUCACAUGUUUUCUCUUAUGGUAAGACCUUAUAAAUUUGUGCUAGCUUCAUUAUGUCUGAUUACUACUAGCAUGUGUGUGCCCUUUUUUUACAGUACAGACAUGGAAAUCUCUCGUAUUUCCUUAUCUCAGGGGAAUUAACCUCUGACUUUUUCAACACCUCUGUUAAUUGACUUGCACUGAAGCAUUACUACUUGAGGCUCCAAGAUACUAAUUGUGGACACUUCGUAAAAUUAGUUUUUCAAGACCGCAUGGAACUUAAGCUCAGGUAACUGGCAUUUGGGGAUGAAGCUUGUCAUCUGUCCAUAAUGACCCCAAAAAUACCAUCAGAUAUGGAUGGAUGUCUUUACAACUCCCUCCAAAUAUUAUUAGCACUAAUUUCCAUGCUGAAAGUUUCAGCUGAGACUAGAGAUUGAAUGGGCCAUGGAAACUGAACUUCCUACCCCUAGAGGUAGAUUCCUUGGUAAAGGUUGAAGCACACUACUAUCCUUUUGAAGCUGGCCUGUGCGGGACUAGUUCUGAUUAAUUAUAGGACUUCAGCUUCCAUGUUGCCAAUCUGGCCCUUUUCACCAGCACUCAAUUCCUUUUCCUGAAGAAGGGAGGAAAGAAGCAUAACAAACUAAUCAUGUGGCCUUUCACAAACAUUUUAUAUUGCAUGAAGAAAUGCACAUCUCAUGAUUUUCACAGCACUUUAAAAGCUUGUCAAAGUUUACAUGUUUAGCAGUGUUUUGCAGGGACCUAGCCUGAUGUAAGUUUGGUGUUGCAGUAAAAUAACAGUGAACAAUUUCUAAAAAUCUUGUUACUAAAAACAUACCCAUGUAUUCCAGUGACAUAACAUCCUGUUGUUGUUUUAUCAUUAGCACAGGUUAUUUUAAGUAUUUCUUAAAACAUGUGCCCUAUAUUGCAAAACAUUAUUGCAUCAAUAAAAGUGUGAUUUAUGCAUA